CCUAAGUAACUUACCGUGGGUGGAUGUCACUUCAAUGCCGGUCGGGGUAUCAUUCACACAAUCAUUCGUAGGUGGCAUGUCAAAUGAUAACGUGUUUCUCUUUGGAGGGUUUAGAACGAAUCCAUUGGAUAAUUCAUUAAAUCUCGAUGAUAAACUUUAUUCAUUCAACACGGAAACAAAAGCAUGGUUUGAACCGAUCGUUAAAGGGGUGAGACCGAUACAGAGAAGGCAGUCCCAAGUUUCUGUUGACGUGAAUGGUAAAGCCUAUUCAUUUGGUGGGGUGAUUGAUGAAAAGACGGGAAGUUUUGGGACAACCUUGUUGCAAGAUAUGAAUUCAUUUGACACGUUCAAUUCGGAAUGGUCAUUGAACAUCUCUUUAACCGAUCCGGCCUUACCAUUCCCACGUAGUGAUUACACGUCAACAAUUUUAAGUAAUGGUUUAAUAGUUUUAAUCGGAGGUUGGGAGCAAUCCACUUCGGAUACAGGUUUAUUCGUUUACGUUAGCAUGAAAGUUUUGAAUUUGUUUGAUACUAAUACCGCCACUUGGUCGUCUACGGAAGCUCAAGGGGAUGUAAUUGAUGAAAGGAGAGCUCAUCAAGCGGUAUUGACGCGAGAUGAAAAAAUCAUAAUCUAUGGGGGUGUGAAGGAUUACUGGACCCCAUCCACGCCCGAAUUGGCCGUGUUAGAAACAAGGGAUGGACAAUUUCGUUGGUCCGUACCACAAAUCACGGCGAGGAAUCGUCCACCACCCCUUGUAUAUUUUACAUCAAGUAUUUUUGAGGAUUACAUGUUUGUAUCAUUUGGUAACAUAAGCAAUCCGGUGACAAGCCCGUUGAACACCUCGUCGAAAAUAUAUUUGAUGGAUACGAGGAAUUUCACGUGGGUGGAUACGUUUGAGGUAAAGGCGUCGGAUGUGGAUCCAACGACGCUCACCAAAACUCAAACGUCAAUCAUAAUUGGAUUGUCGACUGGGGGUAUAGUUUUGAUCAUACUCGUCUCGACUGUCACUUGUUACCUUCGACAGAAAAGGAGGAAGGGAUUUAUAACGAGCAAGGGUAUAGAUAGUCGCAUCGUUACUCCCAGUACUGAACGUUUCACGGUCCAAACUGCAAGACAGAUUUCAAUUAAUUUGCCUAAUUCACCAAGUACACCACGAUCACUAACUCGAUCACCUCAUUCACCUAGUACACCUACUUCGCCUUACAGUUCAUCGGUUCAGUAUACAGCCACCAAUUCCGGUCACUUUAGUCAAGCUAGUUCAUCCAUCGGUGGAAAUAGAUGGGAAAACGGUUAUUACCCACAAGCUCAUUUUGGAGGUGGUCAGCAGUAUUAUCAACCUUAUGCUGAAAGUUAUCCGAAUUAUACCCCACCAUCUCCAUUAUUACCCCCAAACCAACCACAACAAUAUUUAAAUUCACCUAUUCAACCGCAGAUUGUACAGAAUGUUGUAUUACCCGGUGUAAUACCACAAUAUGGUUACAUACCUCAACAAGUUGUUUAUCAAUAUCAAGACCCUCCAUUUCCUUAUCAAGAGUAUGAUAAUCAAACAUCACGUCCCGAAACUCCAUCUCCGUUUCAAUACCAAGGAAAUGAUUACCCCCCUCCUCUUCAUCUGAAUCAUAACCCUUCAAGAUCAUCCUCUACCCCCCGAUCCAUACCCGCCUCAAAUAAAAAUGUUACCCCUCCAAAUACUCGUGUCAUAACUCCUACGAUUACGAUUAAUAGGCCCACUAGUUUAAUUGAGAAAAUUAAAAAAUUAGGUAGUGAUGACGGCAGUGGCGCUAGCAAACGAAGCAGUUUCAUGGAGAGAAUAAGACGAAUAGGCAAUGAUGAUAGCGGCAGUACCAGUACCAGCAAAAGAGAUACGAGUAAUACUUUUUAUACCGAAAGUAGUGAAGCUAGUAAAAGAAGCAGUAUGAUGGAGAGAUUAAGAAGUAUUGAAGAUGAAGAUAGUAACGGUAGCACCAGCAAAAGAUAUACAAGUAAUACUGUUAAUUCGGUUACCACAAACGCUACCAGAUUCAUCAUUAUGCCUUUCAUUACUUGCUUUGUUCCUGGUGACUCAGAAACCUUCAAAAUCAAUAUCAGAAAGGACAAAGACAUUGUUGAACUCAAGAAUGUCAUCAAAGAGAAAAAACAGCUAUUGUUCAGCACUAUCGAUGUAAAUAAACUUAUCCUCUGGAAGGUCAACAUCCCAACUGGUGAUGAUCGAAGCAUUCAUAAACUUUCCGCCGACGCAACCAUCAAUAUUGAGGAUAUCGGAGGCGAGUUGUUGCCUCCGUUGGGAGAAAUUCAAACGCUAUUCCCCAAGCAGCUUGCCAAGGAUCAUAUUCAUGUCCUCGUAUUGUCAGAUGACAUAAAUGAGCUUUCAAAGAGAUGCGAUUUAGAUCCCGCCUUCAUCCCAUAUUAUUUGAGAACAAAUGCAAGGAUACUCCUUGAAAUUAUUGACAACAAGAUGCAAGUUAAUGAACAAGCCUGGUUAAUUCAAUGGAAUCGUCCAUUUCCGCGUGAUGGACCGAAUCAGACAAUGGAAUACCUCAUCUCUCAUAUCACAGAUCCACAGUGGAAUGGGGUAAACGUAAAUGGUUGGAGUACAGUAUUCACUUUUCGUAAUGGGAGACAACUUUCUGAAUGUGAAAGGGCCUUGCCGGAUUGGACAAGAAGACAAAUUGAAAAAACAGAUAUUGGAAUGAGUUUUCGCGUUAGCAAAGUGUCAGAUAACGGAAAAAUCGUUAUAGAGUACCUUGAUCAUGCUUUUAAUAGAUAA